AUGCAACAAGCAAGUUCGACACAAGGAGAAUGGAAUUGGCAACCGUCACAGCCAGAAUUGGAACAGGUAUCAAUUUUAGAAUAGAUUAUAUUCUUGUUUUAGAUCGUUCAAUUACUGCAACAUUCACAAUCUUCUGAUAAUAAUGUCCAACAGCAAGUUCAGAAGGUAAGCAAUGAGUAUAAGACGGAUUCUAAUGAGUUUUUGGUAUUUUUAGAGUUUGGAUGCGCUAAACAGUUUACCAGAGUUCUAUUGCUACCUAUGUUACGUUCUCGGUGAACAAAAACAAGCUGAAGUAAGUUUUUACAAUACUUUUUGGUAUUCUACGUUUAGGUGAGCCAAAGGGCAUUGAGUGCGUUGCUACUAAAGAAUGCUAUACGUCUACAUUGGCCACAAAUUCCACUACAUAUCAAACUCUAUCUUAAACGGAACUGUUUCGCUGCUAUUGCCGAUGAAUCGCCUCUACUUCGUGCCACAGUGGGGAUAAUAAUAACAACGAUAUUUUGUCAUGAAGGAUGUCAUAACUGGCCCGAGUUACUGCCAACUUUAUGUGAAAUGCUAAAUUCGGAUAAUAAAACGCAGGUUGAAGUGAGUUCAGGGAUAUGAUGGGAUGGAUAAUAUACUUUUUGAUCUAAACUGGCUCAAAAUUAGUAUUUAUGGAAAAAGUUUUGCAUUUUACAGAUAAAAUAAAGUCUUUCCAUUUUUAUCAAACUAUUUUUUAGGGUGCCUUGAGUUCGUUACAAAAGAUAUGUGAAGAUUCGGCGGACCGAUUGAUCUUUGAAGAGGUCAGUACCUUGGUUGGGAAAAUUUUGCCGUUUUUUCAAUCAGAGUCUGUUGAAUUGAGGACAUUGGCGAUAACUACAAUAAAUUGCAUUCUACUGGUACAGAAUGAGGCGUUUGUGUCGAUAAUUGAUCCGUUUCUGGAGGCAUUAUUUUCUUUGGCAUAUGAUCCAGCAGGGGUAAGUUGAAUUUUUGUUUUUCUUUUUGGUUUUAGGUAACAAUGGACAAAUUAUUGAUAUUAUUAGACGUCAAAGAUUCUAGACAACAAUAUUAUGGACGAAUUUCAAGCGUCUUACUUUUCAAUUUUCAGGAAAUUCAAAAAGAAUUAUGUAGAGCAUUAACGUUACUGCUGGAAAGUUAUGUUGAAAAGAUCCAGCCACAACUUCACAAUAUUGCUCAAUUUAUACUGGUGAAAACGCAGGAUGAAAGGCUGGAUAUUGCACAAGAAGCUUGCGAAUUUUGGCUAGGAUUGGCUGAAAAUAUCGAGAUCUGUAAACAAGUUGUCACACCUAUUCUACCACAACUUACAGCAGUGUUAUUGAAGUGCAUGAGGUAUUCUCCGACAGAUUUAACUACGUUAAAGGUAAUGGUUUCGCUAUUUUAUUAGUUCUUAGGUUUAGAUUUUUUAGAAUUUUAGACUUUUUUAAAAAGAUGGUUUAGAUGUCUACAAUUUUGUUUUUGAGAUUUUUUUUGUGUUUUUAGUUUUUUAUACAGGUUGCUAAUAACAAUCUAUUUCCAGGCCGAUGUAGAGGACGAUUCAGAAGUACCAGAUCGAGCACAAGAUAUUCGGCCGCGACAUCACAAGACUCGAAAUUUCUUUGGCCAAGAAAACGGCGGAGGAGGUGGAGAUGAAGAAGAUGAAUACGACGACGAUGAUGACGACGCUUAUAUUGAGUGGAGUUUGCGUAAAUGUGCAGCGGCAUCGUUGGACAUGCUGUCGAGUAUCUUUGGCGAUUCCUUCCUCGAUAACCUAUUAGUUAAUGUAAAUAGUUGUCUACAGAACGAGGACUGGAUCGUCAGAGAAAGCGGGAUUCUGGCGUUGGGAGCGGUUUCAGAAGGCUGCACGACUGGAAUGAACCCACACUUACCGGUCUUGAUUCCAUUUCUAAUUUCUCAACUCGACGAUCAACGAGCUUUGGUUCGGUCCAUCACUUGUUGGACGUUGUCACGGUAUUGUCACUUUGUCGUCUUUCAACCUCAAUCAGAACUAUUCAGGGAAUUACUCAGUAAAGUAAGAUUUUUUAGGUUUUUGAUUGUUUUUAGGUGAUUAAAGCUUGGGAUGGGUAUUUUCUGGGUAAAAAAUCUUCGGGCGGGGUAAAAAGUUUUUGGGCGAAAUACAAUUUUUUUUAAAUUGAAGUUUUUCAGUUAUUAAUCCGUAUUUUGGACAAAAAUAAACGUGUACAAGAAGCAGCUUGCUCAGCAUUUGCGACAUUCGAGGAAGAAGCCGGUAACGAGCUGGUACCUUAUCUACCAGACAUCUUAAGGACGCUGAUUCAGGCUUUUAAUGGGUAUCAGGUAAGGGUUUUUUGAUUUUUUAGAAUUUAUUGAAGUUUUUAGGGAAAAUGAUGAAAAAAGUAGAUUAAAAAUGACAUUUAGAAUAUCCUAGCUUUACUAGAAAUAUGAAAAACGAAAGAAACUCUUUUAAAAUGUUGUUUUAGGCUUAAAAGUUAGCUUUUCGGCAUGAAAUAUCGUUGUUAGAAAGAUUAGAAGCCAUAAGUUUUACAAUAUUGAGUAUUUAUAAUCGAUUUUUCAGUCAAAAAAUCUACUAAUAUUAUACGACGCUAUUGGCACUCUAGCCGAUUCAGUGCGAGCCACUCUGGGCCAUCCAGAAUAUGCUAACACCCUAAUGGAACCCUUAAUACGAAAGUGCCAAAUUCUACGAGACGAUGACCGAGAACUCUUCCCCCUCCUAGAAUGCAUAUCAUCAGUUGCGAAUGCAUUAGGCAUCACUUUUAUGCCCUACUGUGACUCGGUCUUCCAACGGUGUAUCGUACUGAUUAACAGCACGUUACAACAAGUCAUACUCGAGAGCUCGAACCAAGCCGCCAACCCCAGUUUGAAUGGAAAUCUGAACGGAACAGCGCAUGGCGAUGCUGAUAAGGACUUUCUGGUGGUGGCAUUGGAUUUGAUUAGUGAAUUAUGCGAAGGUGUGGGCAGCAACAUCAUGCCGAUUGUGGAACGAAGUAAUUUGGUACAGCUGGCCCUGUAUUGCGCGAAUGUAAGUGGGGUGUGGUUGGAGGUUAAAAGUGGGGGUAUGGGCCAAGCUUGUUUUUUUUGGGUAUUAGUAUUAGUAAUUGCUUUAUAAUCUUAUUAAAUCGCGUUUCAGGACACAUCGAAAGAAGUACGACAAAGCUCAUUCGCAUUAGUGGGCGACUUGGUCAAAUCAUGUUUCCCUCUAAUAGCAACACAAAUUCAACAUGUAAUGCCGGUUUUAAUGAGCAAUCUGGACCCAACCAACGUCUCUGUUUGUAAUAAUGCUAUCUGGGCAAUGGGGGAGAUUGCACUGAAGAUUGGAGAACACAUGACACAAUAUGCCAGUUUGAUUGUAAUGCCAUUAAUAGAGGUGAUCAACAAGGACCGAGUGACACGAACGCUGCUUGAAAACACUGGUAAGGCAUGGGAAGGGGGUGUUGUAGGAAAAGUUUUUGAAAUUACAGUAGGAUAGUUUCGGGAAAGAGAUACUAGGCUACUGUAUGCUAGGGUAGGGUAGGAUAGAGUAAAGUAACUUACAGAAGCCUACAGUAAUAAAACUUGAUUUCAAAAAUGAAAAUCUAAAGUCCUACAGUAUGAGUUUAAAAUUUGCAUUUCAGCCAUAACAUUAGGCCGACUAGGACUGCACUGUGCACCAAUACUAGCACCCCACCUCAACUCCUUCAUCCGACCUUGGUGCUUGGCUUUGAGGAAUAUAAGAGAUAACGAAGAGAAGGAAUCCGCAUUCCGAGGCAUCUGCAUCGUGAUAAGACACAACCCUCAGGGUGUCAUACCCAACUUUGUCUUCUUUUGUGAUGCGCUGGCCUCAUGGACCAAUCCUUCGCCGGAUUUACGACAAAUGUUCAGAGAGGUGGGUUAAUAUAGUUUUUUUUUGGUUUUUGAUACUAUAGGGAGGGCUGGAAGGGCGGUUUUGGUUCUGAAGGUUGAAAAGGAAAAAAAAUUGGGCGGCGUAAAAAAAAUUUUUGUGUGUGUGGGAGGGGUGAUAAAACGUUUUUUAGCAACAUUGUAUCACGCUUCUUUGUAGUCUUAGCGAGCCAUAAAGUCUUUUUUGGAUGUAAAACACGUUGUUGCGACUAUAAUCAUAUUUUUAGAUCCUGCUCGACUUCCAACGUCAGGUCGGAAACGACAUUUGGACCCAGUUUGUGGCCCAAUUUCCUCACAAUCUCAGCAGCCGCCUUCAAAACUUGUACGAAUUGUAA